CAGGCCUGUCAUAGCAUCGCUACAAGCGACCAGAUUGAUUUAUACAAAGCUGGCCUCUGCCUUGCUGUCUCAUUGAUUUAGGCUGCCCUGUGUAAAGCCCACUGACAGUAGGCUGCAGCAGUGUUUCCUUCCCAACUUCCCGUUUUUUUUACCAUCAGGUCAAUGGCUUUCAUACUAAACCUGUCCUUGUGAUCUGGGCUAUAUGCCACCCAUACGUUUUGUGUAUGUUUUGCACAUGUCGCAGCAAUAGCAUGAAUUGUUUAGUGAAACCAACCUGGCACUCCAUGAAGCAUUGGACCAUAGGUUUUGAUAGAUACCGCUUUAAGGCUGUUGCUGUGCUUUACACUUGUGUUUGCUUUCUUUUAUGGUGUCACUGUUUAAGAUAACCAAUGACCUCAGUCUGACAGCAUCACUUAUCUAGUGUGAACUCCCAGCAAUCUGACAGCUCCAUCACCUUAAUGAGCUAUCGAGAAUAUCUAACCAACUGUAUGCCCCUGAAAGCUAGUUCCCUUUUUCAAGAAUUAAACAUUGAGAUGGGAUGAUCAAAGGAGCAUAUGUUCCCUUUACGGAACACAUAAUUGUUCACUAAACUAGAGUUUGGAAUCAGUGGACUGGGGGACGGAGAGCCACGACUGCUUGACCCCACCUACCCUCACACAACUAUUCAUCCUUGUUUUUCAAAAUAUUUUACUUUUAAGCCACUAGUCGACAACAGUGUAGAAGAUGUCAGCCGAUGCAUUCGGAGCUGGUGGCAGCGAUGCUCAGCAGACGCUUCAGUCCUUCUGGCCUCGGGUCAUGGAAGAGAUCCGGAACCUGACUAUGAAGGACUUUCGUGUGCAAGAGUUACCUCUGGCUCGCAUCAAAAAAAUCAUGAAGCUGGAUGAAGACGUAAAGAUGAUCAGCGCCGAAGCUCCUGUUCUCUUUGCUAAGGCUGCUCAGAUAUUUAUUACAGAGCUGACUCUGCGAGCAUGGAUCCACACAGAGGACAACAAGAGACGCACACUUCAGAGGAAUGAUAUCGCCAUGGCAAUCACAAAGUUUGACCAGUUUGACUUCCUCAUCGACAUCGUGCCCAGAGAUGAUCUAAAGCCUCCUAAACGACAGGAGGAGAUGCGUCAGUCCGUUGCUCCAGCAGAACCAGUGCAGUACUAUUUCACCUUGGCCCAGCAGCCUGGAGCUGUUCAGGUGCAGGGAACACAGCAGGGUCAGCAGGCUGGCGCACAGACGGCUACGACCAUCCAGCCAGGACAGAUCAUCAUCGCACAGCCUCAGCAAGGACAGAUGCUUCAAGGUGCUACCAUGCAGCAGUUACACCAAGUGCAGGGCACACCCAUCACGAGCGCACCGGUGGCCAUGCAGGUGGGCGAAGGUCAGCAGGUCCAGAUCGUCCAAGCCGCAGCUCAGGGUCAGGCUCAGACAGCCCAAGCUCAAGGUCAGACCAUGCAGGUGAUGCAGCAGAUCAUCACCAACACGGGGGAGAUUCAGCAAAUCCCGGUACAACUAAACACUGGUCAACUACAGUACAUCCGAUUAGCCCAGCCAGUGUCUGGGACUCAGGUUGUGCAAGGACCGAUCCAAACUCUGGGCAACGCGCAGCAGAUAACACAGACGGAAGUUCAGCAAGGACAGCAGCAGUUCAACCAGUUCACCGAUGGACAGCAACUGUACCAGAUUCAGCAGGUGGCGGUGCCGGCCGGACAGGAACUGACCCAGCCCAUGUUCAUCCAGUCCACCAGUCAGACAGCCGACGCUCAAGUCACGCAGGUGACCACCGAAUGAGCGUCCGGAGAGGGUCCAAGACCUUGAACACCAGCUGACCACGCCAAUUCCUGGCCCAAAACAAGCUCUGUUCUUCCCUCUGUAACCAAAAGCGGUCAAUUUCUUAAAAGCCCAUGAAGUUUUGGGUCACUCUUCAGCCAUUGAAACAAGUCUGUGUCAGACCACUGCCACCAUCCUCGCCGCCUUGUACAAAUGUCUCUCAUUUUUAACUUGUAGAAAGUUGUUUUUUUUUUCCAUUAGAAAUCUCCAGUCCCACUUUUUUUGUUGGUUCCUCUUGAGUUCACUAAUAAAGCCAUAUCUCUCCCUCAGUCCAUGUUAGAGCAUGCUGCAGUUUGUCGACUGUGGCUCUUUUGAAGCACCGCUUCUUCGUGUA